GCUCUGCGGCUGUCGACACUCGCAGUCAGUCCGCCAGUAGAAACCGAUCCAAACAGAUGGCAGCCGCAGUAGCUCACAGCCAGGAGGAGCUCUUUGUGAGCCGGGCCAGCAUUCAGUUGCAGUUCCAACCCGCAGGAGAGGCACCAUCCCGCCUCUACGAGUGGCGCACGCAGGUGCUAACACCCAAUCCCGCCCCGGAGGAGGAGCUUGUGAGCAUCAAACAACGGAGCACGGAGGCUGCCACACCCCGGGGUAGCCACUACACUCCACCGCAGAUCUUUGGGACCGAAGCGAAGCGCAAGAAUCUGCCCCAGACGCUGAGCAACUUCUUCGAGGCGGAGCGGCACUCCAGCGCCUGGAAUCGCGUGACCAAGUAGGCGCCACCCAAGGAGACGGCGGGUCCUAAUCGAUUAACCCAUUAAGUGUGUGCGGAGACCUGCAGGAGGAGGAGUAAAGUGAAAUUCCAUUCCAUUUCGUUGCCAAAAAUUCCAAUUCAUGUCCCAAAAAAUUGCUUACUCGCUGCUGGGGCCAACCCCAAACUAUAUGUACUUGUUGUAUAUAAGCAUCGCAUCCCAUGAAUAUUUAUGUGCCCCCGCCCCCACUUUUUUUUGCCUGAUAAUGCAAUA